AUGACGGAUUCGAAACCUUCGAAGUCGGAGUCGAAACCUUCAAAGUCGGCAUGGCAGUGGAUGGUUGUGGUGGUGGUGGUCGGUAAGAUUGGAGGCACCGGUGGUUGUGGUGGAUGGUUGAAGAUCGCAAACAAUCAAAGUAAAACCGUAUUUUGGAACCGAAUACGAGAACUCUUUUUCGAGCUCAUGGGUAGAGGAGAGGAAUACCGCCUACCGGACUCUAUAUCGGGGAAGUGGACCGAUAUAAACAAGAAAUGCACAAACUUUCAAACCGUGUACCAACGCUUGUAUUCCGGAUGGAAAAGUGGAAGUAGCGAUGAAGACAUUACGCAAGAGGCAUUGGUCGAGUAUACGCAUGCUAAUGGCCAUUUCCCGUACAUGAAGUGUUGGCAAAUCCUUCGCCAUAGCCCCAAAUGGGCCGUCGUAUCUACUCCAAGUGGUCGUUCGGGAAAUACACGGCCAUCAAAGAGGUCCAAAACAAACGAGUCGGGUGAACCCGAAACGCCAACCUCCGACGCUCGAAACAUCGGCUUGAACGAGGAUAUUCCGGAUGACGAGCCGGUGGAGGAGCUACCAAGACCGCCCGGAAGAAAAAGCCAGGCGAAAAAACCCGAGUCGUCGUCGAUGUCUAUGGGAACGGAUAUGAGUAACGCAUUUUCGGAGAUAAACAAACGACUUCAAGACAUACACGAACUCGGUAACAAACGUUUGGAGGAGAACCGCGAAGUUACGGAGAUUAUGCGGGAUCGACAAUGGGCUCACGACUUUGAGUUCUACUCCAAACCGCAUGACCACUUAACGGGAAAAGCUUUGAAAAUGGCGUUGGCACAAAAGGAGCAGAUUGAAAAAAAAAUAUAA